UUUACGUGUAUUAUACUCUGUGUUUAAUAUGGAUCGAUAUGUUACAAAGAACGUAGAGAAUAAUUUUCAAAGUUUUAUUAAAGAAGCUACUGAACUUUUUAAUAUUUGUCACGAGGGAAAAAAUGGAUUUAUUACCAUGAGAGAUCUAUGGAAACAUCAUGAUAAAUUCUUGUUAACACCAGAUCAGUUAGAAGUUGUUUUCAGCCAUCUAGAUAAGGAUAAGAAUGGAUAUAUAAAUGAAGAAGAAUUCAUUGAAGGUUAUGCUUUAUAUCUGGGUAUAGAUCUAGAAGAAUUAAAAAAACAAGAACUUUUAGAAAAGAAAAUAAUUCAGGAAAAGAAAGAAGAAGAGAAUUUCGAAUCAUUGUUAAAUACAAUUGGAAAGGGAGAAGAAAGUGAUAUUAAUCAAAUAUGGAAUCAGAUUCAAGAAAAAAAUCCAGAAAUGAACUCGGAAGAAUUUAAAAGAGUUGUUGUUCACUUUGGAAAGGAAUUUAAGAAAAAUAAAAACAUCAAAGACGAUUAAUAAGUUUAAAUUAUUAAAAUAAUAAUAAUAAUUAUGAUUUAAAGUUUUAAUUUGAUUU